UUAACCACUGGGCCUCCAGGGAAGUGCACAACAUAUAAUUUUUUAAUCUGGGGCUUUCCUUUCCUAUGGGAAUAGCAACAUCUGUUCAAAAUCAUGCAUGUAAUGGGAUAAGCAGGGGCUUGCUGUCUUGGGGAGAUGGAGCCCCUUGGAGUUUCAGGUCCCCGAGCCCUGCGUUUCACGGAGUAGUGCAUGCAUGACAGCCGUGAAUAAAGGGCACUGCUGGUUUUGUAAGCAGAUGAAGAGGUAGGUGUGAAGGAAGAGGAAGUACAGUUGUUCCUGGGCUGAACUGUGAAAACCCUUUCCUUCCCUGUGGGCAGCAUAAACAGAAUGGUCUCUUUUACUUGACUAGAAUGGCUCUUGUGCAGUCAGACCAACAAAAGUGUUUGUGGAUCAGGGUCAUUUAUUGUUUGCUGGAGAAAAUUCAGGGUAACCAGAUCAGGUGACCUGUUUCUGCAGCCCAUAUGCUGGGAUAUGAAAAUAGCACUGCUAUGUGGGGCCCUAAUUUUCCCCUUCCAUUUUGCUGUUACUUCUAUUACUCAACGAUGGGAAGGCUGGGCACUCAGUUACAGGAGAUGCUGUGGAGAAGAUCCAGCCCUGAAGGUGAGAUGGGCAGCCUUUAAGAUUCCUGCCAAUCCUGAUCACCCAAUUUUAAUUUUACCAACAGUCUAAACUGUUAUACAUUGAGACAGUAUAAUCUGGUUUUUAGAAACCUUCAGAUGAAGACAACGAUUAAGAUGACUUGAGAAUCCAAAUGGUCAUUCUCUGAACAGCUGAUUUAGAAAUCUUGGCAUUGAAUCAGUUACUAAUAUGCUCAGUGCUAUGAUCUUAAGCUCAUAUCAUGAAAAACCUAAAUGCACACUACACAUUUUAAAAAUGGUGUCACAGGGCCUGAUGUGUAACUUGAGAGACCUAGAUGUUUAGCAUAGGCCCUUGGCUACUCUUGGAGAUUUUUCUGUCCAAAACCAGGCUGAGAAGAAAGUCCUCUGGGAAGAAAUAAUCAAUAUGUGCUCAAUGAAGUAAGGUGUUUUUCUUUCUUUUUACUUUUCCUGGAGAAGGCACCCAGAAGAAAAUAAAGGUUGAGAACCAGGUAGCAUUUGGGCAGUGAGGACAAAGUAUAACAACUUGCUUCUUUCUGCCAAGCAAGGUUCAGAUGGUGAGGACCACAGACAUAUUUGCGUAUAAUCAUCAGGAUGCUGUGGACGCAUGAGACAUCUCUCAACAGAGAUCAUCCCUGGGCAAGGAUUGCUGAAAAAUGAAUUGUUUGGGACCAAUGAAUUAUCCUAGUCUCCACUGAAUUCCAUUAGGCAAUAAAAGAUGUGCUGUGCUGCCGCAGUUUUGACCUUUACAUGAGCUUAGAGUGUCACAUGGAAGGAAGACAUUAAGUGAAAACUUUACAGAUUUAAAAGAAAAUAAUAGCAACACUGAUAACCAAUUAGCAAUAUUCGAAAUAUUAGGCAAAGAUCUAAAAACUCAAAUCAUUGCUCUGUGCAGUGGUUACCCAGGGGAGAUCAUAAAAUAGAAAGCUGAGGUUUAGUGGGGAAUCUCAGCAGAGGAGUGACACCCCUCCAAACAAUUUGGUCCCCAAAUUGUUCAUUAGAGAAGCAGCAGUCUUCCACGCUGUGGCAUAUGGAAGUCUUACUCCAAGCCUCACCCUCUUUAAUGACAAAAGCAAACAGAAAAACAAAACCCCCACCCCCACCCCCCAGAAAAACCCUUUGGUUGUGUAAUGAGUCAGUUUGACUGUGACCUCUGUCCUGCGAGUGCUUCUCGGUGACAUCAUAGCUUGUUGCCACGGGAAGCUAAAGAGAGCAACCAUUGUGCGUGAGGGCGUGCGCGCACACACGUGGAUGUGCUGAGACGAGGGGUUGUCUGGCAACAGUCACAUGUCAAAUGGCAAUUUGCAGCUUAGAACCUCAGAGAGGGAUCCUGACCUGGAAAGUGAUCCUUGGUGUGUAUGCUGAGGUGCCGUUAAGAUGCUCUCUGUGGGCAGAGAAGUUUCAGUAACACAACCCAAGGGUACAGCCAUCAGGCACAAUGAUAAGGGAUUUGUUAAAUUAGCAGUGAUGCAGCAGCCUAAGAAAACACAGCCGUGUCUCCCAGAAGAGUUUUUGUAGAAUAACAUUUAAUGAUACAGUACAGCCGACACAGGGUAAGUGAAAAUUCCCUGUUUACCAAGCCAUGAUGCUGUUUUUUUAGAAAUGCAAGUAUGUAAACCGUUGUGUAGAAGAAAGCCUGGAACACUGUCCAGGAAAUGGGUGUUUCUCUGGGAAGUCUCUUCUUGGGUGAUUUGUUUUUCUGCUUAUCAGGAUGUUCUCAAUGUCCUCCUCAUAACAGGUGUUUAGCUUUUGUAGAAAGAAAACCGUUGUAAAAAUUACUUUAAAAUAACUCAUCGUUUUUCAUGGACACUCAUGGGCUCUGGCUGUGUGGGGGGCAUCUUCCUGAUUCCCCAGAUACCAGAUAAAGGACCCUGUGCCUCCUCUGUCUCCCCAGGAUUGGCAACAGCAUGGCCAGCGUCCUGUCCCGGCGCCUCGGCAAGCGGUCCCUUCUGGGAGCCCGGGUGUUGGGACCACCUGGGGCUGCCCCGCCCUCGGAGCCUCAGGCAGAGCUGCUGGAGGGGGCGGCUCCCCAGCCCUUUGUUGCCUCCAAGGAUGCGUCCUGCCAGGAGCAGCCUAAGGAAGUCCUCAAGGCUCCGGGCACCUCGGGCCUCCAGCAGGUGGCCUUUCACCCCGGGCAGAAGGUUUGUGUGUGGUACGGGGGUCAAGAGUGCACAGGACUGGUGGAGCGGCAUAACUGGGCAGAGGAUAAGGUGACUGUCUGGCUGUUGGACCAGAAGUUACAGAUCUGCUGCAAAGCGGAGGAGGUGUGGUUGGCCGAGCCGCCGGGCCGCAUCCCCCAGGUGCCACCUCCAGAGCAGGGAACCCAGGCGCCAGCCUACAGGCCUGUGUCCAGGAACAUUGAUGUCCCAAAGAGGAAGUCGGAUGCAGUGGAAAUGGACGAGAUGAUGGCGGCCAUGGUGCUCACGUCCCUGUCCUGCAGCCCGGUCGUACAGAGUCCUCCCGGGGGCGAGGCCAACUUUUCUGCCUCCCGCACGGCCUGCGACCCCUGGAAGGAGAGCGGCGACGUGUCGGACAGCGGCAGCAGCACCACCAGCGGGCACUGGAGCGGGAGCAGUGGCGUCUCCACCCCCUCGCCCCCCCACCCCCAGGCCAGCCCCAAGUACCUGGGGGACGCCUUUGGCUCUCCCCAGACGGAUCACGGAUUUGAGACCGACCCGGACGCUUUCCUGUUGGAUGAACCAGCUCCCCGAAAAAGAAAGAACUCGGUGAAGGUGAUGUACAAGUGCCUGUGGCCCAGCUGUGGCAAAGUCCUGCGCUCCAUCGUGGGCAUCAAACGACACGUGAAAGCCCUCCACCUAGGGGACACCGUGGACUCUGACCAGUUCAAGCGGGAGGAGGAUUUCUACUACACAGAGGUGCAGAUGAAGGGGGAAGCUGCUGCGGCUGGUGGCCCCACAGCCGACCCGGCUCCGACCCCCAGCGUGACCAGCCCGCCCCUCACCAUCCUGCCCCCACCGCCUCCUCCCAAAGCCCAGUCCUCAGGCCCAGAUCACCCUGGCCUGGAGUCUUACCUGCCCUCCGGUGCUCUCAGCAAGUCAGCUCCUGGCUCCUUCUGGCACAUUCAGGCCGACCAUGCAUACCAGGCUCUGCCACCUUUCCAGAUCCCGGUCUCCCCGCACAUCUACACCAGCAUCAGCUGGGCCGCGGCCCCCUCCAGCGCCUCCUCCCUGUCCCCGGUCCGGAGCCGGUCGCUAAGCUUCAGCGAGCCCCAGCAGCCGCCCCCUGCCAUGAAGUCUCACCUGAUCGUCACGUCUCCACCUCGGGCCCAGAGCACCACCAGGAAAGCCCGCGGGGAAGCUAAGAAGUGCCGCAAGGUGUACGGCAUUGAGCACCGGGACCAGUGGUGCACCGCCUGCCGCUGGAAGAAGGCCUGCCAGCGCUUCCUGGACUGAACCGCGGCCCCUCCCGGCGGCCUGGGGACACAGGCAGAUGGGUCCCAAGCCCACCGCAGAAGCCUAAAAGCUACAGAGUGGACACACGGGGAGUUUGGGCUCUAUUGGCUAAGGUUGAAUACUCAAAACAUUUUCCCUCCCUCAUGGGAAUGUUUUAGUUUUUUAAAAAAAAAAUAGAAACAAAAAAAUUAUUUUUUUUUCUUCCCCUAAAAUGAGAGAGAGCCAAAACUGACCAAGGGUAUUCUGCAGCAAACCAGAGACCAAAGAAACGACUCCCUCUCCUCUCCUCCACACAGCCCCUCUCCCUAGGGGAUUAACGUGUACCGUAUGGAAGGAAGGGACAGCUCAUCCUGUUUCCUGCUGGGCUGGUGGAUUCUUUGCUUUCUCCACUCUUCCAGAAGGGACUGUGAGCAACAUGGAUUUACUUUUUUUUUUUUAAGAAAAAAAAAAGAAAUUUCUGGCUGAUGACUCAGAGAACAGGACCUGCUGAGGCUGGGGUGGGAAGACGGGGCUGAUGUGUGAGCUUUUUGAGGUGCAGCCGGCCCCCUUUCUCCACUCAGAUCCAGGAGGAGGGAGAGAUUGUCCGCACCCAGCAGCCUCCAUCAGAGUUCAAGGAAAGCCCUUUUUCCGGUGCCAGCUGCUCCGAUCUGGGGUCCCUCAGGUCAGGUUGCAGCCCAACAGAUACAGUAUGGCCUCUUCAAGCCCAGACUCAUAGGUUUGUAAAAAGACUGGGACAGUCAGGAAGCUGAGCCAAAAGGCUAAAAAGAAUUCACGUCGUACAGCGUGACAGAUCAAGACUACCUUGCUCACUCUUUCCUUAACAAGAGACCAGGCGGUGUAGUACUCGGCAAGAGUGCUUCGCUGUUCCCCAAGUACCCACGCCCACCCCUCCCCACCAGCUCUGGAAGACACCCCCCCCCAGAAACACUUUGUUUUCACUUAACGGUAUAUUCAAGAGCCUCUUUCUGAUUAAAGACUCCCCCUUUGUUUGGCCGAGAGAUCCUGCCCUGAGGUAGGUCCCUCUUCGUCUCAUGGAACCAGGGAUUUUCCCAUGUUCCUCCAAGGCCACAGGGCCGGGCUGGCGAAGAGAACAGACAGAAAGGUAGGUGGCAGCUUCUGCCACGGGGAGAGGGGUGCAGAGCUGUCCCGUGGCUCCACGGGCUCACCUGGCCCUUUGGGGACCGUCUGGUUUUCUUCCUAAGGUGACAGGUGGGACAGGACUUUUCAGGGGGCUUCUGCUUGGUCCAGUCAGUGUGAUGGGGAGGGUCAGUUGGAUGUGGUGUCAUGUUCCCAGACACCUGUUGGGUGUCUUUUCUGCCCGAAGGCAGGAUGGGGCAGGUUAGGGAGCCUGAGGAGGUGAGUUCAGUUCAUUUUAGUCGCUCAGUCGUGUCCAACUCUUUGCGACCCCAUGAACCACAGCACGCCAGGCCUCCCUGUCCAUCACCAAUUGCCGGAGUCCAAGUUGGGUGUCUUUUCUGCCUGAAGGCGGGAUGGGGCAGAUUAGGGGGCCUGAGGAGGUCACGUGACGGGAACUGGGGUUGAUUUAGCAUCUACUGGAGACCUCAGGAAUGGAGGGGACCCCAGACUGCGUGACUUGAGAGCUAAAUACAUGAAUCCAUUUUCGUUGAGGAGGGAGAAGUAGAGGCAGGGGCUUCUGUGCCUGGGCGAGCAGGGCUGAGCAAAGGCACAUUUUUGGCUCAAAGCCUCACCUUUCUGCCGAGCGGGACUGGUUUUGGGGACUCCUCAGGGCCCACGUCCCAAAUGUCAGGGGCUCAGGGAACCGUACCACGAGGCCAGCUCUCUGGGGCUUGCACAGCGGUGUCCAGCCCUUGGCUGUGAGCAAGGCUGUCCUUCCCGUCCAGGCGGGCUCACUUGGCUGCAGGAACCCAAUAGAUGCCUUUCCGUCUGUGACACGCCGCGUGUUGGAAAGCGGCAAACAGGGGAAUAGGGGGUGUGAUGGUGUGAAGGGUGAUGGUGACCUGGGUUUGGUGACAGAAGGGAAAAGCACUCUUACCCAUGAGUGUCUUUGGUGGUGAUGGGGUAUAUUUUUAUAAGUCAGUUAAAAAAAAAAAAAAUUAUGUAUGUGGAAUUCUGUCCCUCGGUAAAGCUGGAACUCAGGCCAGCAAGAGGUGCUGGGUUCUUCCUCCCGCUCCUUCAAGCUCCCAGCUUCCCAAAUCUGACUCCUCGCUUCCCGCCCUGUGCCCUGCAGGUCCUACCCGUGUGGAGAGGGGGCCUUGGAGACUGGGGUGGGGGGAGCUCUGCCCAGCAGCGUCUCCCCUUUCCUCCUUGCUCAGAGCUUUUGCUGGGUCUCCCCUUUGGAGACACUGUUUUCAUUGCCCCCUCAGUUUGGACCAUUAGGUACAACUGGAUAUCAAGGUUUUCUCUAAGUGAGGCAGGCUUCUCGUGUCACUGCUGCACACGGCAGAAAAGGAAGAGAGAAGAAAUUGAUGCAACAAUUUCAAAACGGAGGGUUUUUUUGUUUUUUUAAUGUUCUGGUGCGGCUUUCCCUGGCGGCCUUUGCUGCAGCCUCCUUCCUGGUGGUGGUGGCCUCGUCCAGCCUCUCUCCUCCCACUGCUCCAUCUGUGGCUGUUGUGUGGGUUCUUGACGUGUGGUCUGUCCUGGGGUUGUCCCGUUCGUCUCUUCUCGGAGGGCCGGGGGUGGUUUGUGACUUGAUCCCACCAUCACGCCUGUUUUCUUCAUCUCUGUAUUUCUCCCUACUUCCCGGCCCAUCCUGGGAGGCAGAAUCUGAUGGAAGGUAAGAGGCGACAGGUGCGCUUUGGAAACUAACAGGACGUAUUGGGAAAGCAAGCGUCUUGGGAAACUCUUUAUUCCGGGAAUGUUAUGUUUAUUCACAAUAUUUUGGAAGUACCUUUGGAGUCUAGUGCCUGCUUUGAGCAGCCUUAAUGAUACCGAAUCUGCACCCGUGCGCCUUCAGUGCGAAGAGUCCAGUGGAUAAGGGUGGUGGUAGUGGUUGAGUCACUGAGUUCCAUCUGACUCUUUGCGACCUCAUGGUAGCCCCACAGGCUCUUCUUGUUCAUGGGAUUUCCCAGGCAAGAAGACUGGGGUGACUUGCCAUUUCCUGGUGGUCAAAUGAGGUCACAGGUGCAGAACACAAAGCCCAUCGGGUGAGUAAAAUGGCUUAGAUUGAAUAAUCUGACUUCUGAGCCGGCUGAAAGCAAUCGUGUAAUUUCAGAACACAUUCUGAGCAACAUCCACAGUGUUGCAGUUGCCCUGAGGCUAGAUUCUUUGAAGAACAUAAUGGAUUUGGAUGUGGAAACUCUGACUUGUUGGAAGAAAUCUGUCCUGUUACUUUCUGGUCCUCGCAGGUUCUGACUUUACCAGGGGCAAAAAAAAAAAAGAGGGGAGGGAGAUAAAUCCCAUCUGUGAACUUGUCUUUAUUGGCGCCUUUUCCCCCAGCUGUCUUCCAAGUAUUAUUUUUACUGUUAAAAAUUUUUUUAAAAAUGUGAAAUAUAAUGUUUUUACAGCAACAAUAUGAAAUAUAUUUUAUAAGGAAUAAAAUGGUACAUUGUCUGA